GAGAAUUUUAUGCUACGACAAUGUCCCCUCCCUGUUUCGCUCCGAGCCGGAUAGACGCUUGCUGGUGGAGAAUUACAAUGGGGGAGGUUUCAUGGCGACGAAACACUCGUUGAACGGGCUGUUAAUUAAUUCAAUGCUUCCAAGUGUAACAGGUGAAAGUGAAAAACUGGAUUGAUAAUCAGCUUCAGGUGUUAGAGACGGCAGUAUAUUCCGUCAAACACUAUCGCGAUCCAUAGACGAUGACUCCUUUCUACUAUUGAGUCACCGGCGAAUGCAGCCAUCGACUAAACGCGCUCAAUACUUGCCGAAUCUGUUUAGUCCAUGGAAUGAAAAUAUUCACCUCUUCUCAAGAAAACAAACGCUUUAGUUGAUCCUGGUUAUAAGUAGUCAAUAUGAAGCCAAUUAAUUGUUCGAACCACUGCGAUAUCUUCAGUGUCCUAGAACACCACUAACACAUAAUCACCCAUAACUCACCACCUGUGGCUGUUUCGCUUCAUUACACAUCCAUUCACCCACUUCGAAUCACCAUGUCUUUACACGAACAACACAGCAUUCCCACAGAUACCGAGCAGGAAAUUAGGUCCAAAGUAGAGCAAGUCCUCAAAGGAACCACUUUUGCUGUGUCAAGCCUACGAAAGCUCAGUGGUGGUACUGCCAACUUCAUGUACCAUGCUACUCUCGAGAAGCCAUCGACUCAAGACAAAUAUCAAAAUGGCGUCGUGAUCAAGCAGGGCGAGGGCUACGUUGCACUUCACCCUGCAUUCAAGAUUGCAACUUCUCGAUGUGCUAUCGAGUAUGAGUCUCUUGUUCACCUUGCUGAACUCCCGCCAAAAGAAACGCCAUCAUGCAGAAUAUCAACUCCAGAGGCAUAUUACUUCAACCAGGAUAGCAAUACUCAAGUCCAAGAAUAUCUCUCAGAAGCUCUCAGUCUGAAAGACUAUGCCCUCAAAUACUACGCUGCCCCCACACCCCCAACUCUUAAAGAGCAAUGCGAACAGCUCGGCCAUGGUCUUGGAUCUUGGCUUCGUGCGUUCCACAGCUGGAGCCAAGAACCUAAGCAAGCAGCCCUGCGAGAGACGUUUGCGGGGAACAAGGAGAUGCAGGGUCUCAAGAACAUGAUCAAUUACCAACAGCUGCUGCAGGUGGUGGAUCGACACCCCGAGAUUCUUGGCGAUGCAAGGGACGUUUUGCAGGGUGUCAGUGAUCUGGCUGCCGGGGAACUUGCAGAUGAAUCAGCAUUGUAUCCCAUUCAUGGUGACUUCUGGACUGGAAAUAUCUUACUCCCUGACACUCCUCUGGUAAAAGGCACUCACACUCCCAUUCGUAUUGUUGACUGGGAGAUGGUUCAGAUUGGUGUUCGGCCUCUAGAUCUCGGCCAGGUCAUUGCUGAGCUUUGGCAACUCAAGCUAUAUAAGGACAUUGCUGCAGGGGAGUGGCUCAUUCGCGCAUUUGCUGAUGCCUACGGUGCUGUGAGUGAUGACUUUGCUUACCGCACAGUUAUCCAUGUUGGUGUUCACUUGAUCUGCUUUGGAUCUCAGACGCCAGGAUGGGGCGAUGCUGAGCAACAGAAGGACGUGGUCAGAAUAGGCAAGGAGAUCAUAGUCAGAGCCUGGGGUAGAGAUCGUGGCUACUUUGUCGGACAUGUUCUUGAUAGCCUGUUCAGAAACUAGAGGUCCUUCUACAAAUACGUGUAAGGAACCAGAGAAUCAUCAGGCGUAUGCAUAUAAAGGCUCGCUUCAUUGGUUGCUACACGUUUGCAGAAUGUGACGCCCCUUCAACGGGCAAGACUCCGCGGCAACUGGGGCCGUAACGGGGCUCAGCUGCAGCUGUCUGCGUAUAUAUUUGAAGUAUGCCUAAUGAGAGUAUACGGAUAAAGGACGCUUGAUUAUCUGAUAUAAGAACCGAGCGAUUGGAGAAAACACCACGUACACAUCAAGGUCAGCGACAGUGCAUGUCUUGCAAGAAGCAAUGACUUGAAGGCCAAUUUUUAGAAGUCUGCUAGUAUUUUCUUCGCACUUACUCAG